AUGGCCGAAGGAUUUUCAGAAGAGGAUUAUGUAGAUGGAUUCCCUGUGUGCAAUGUUCCUAAAUGCAAAUGCGGAUUGGAGGCGAAGGUCAUGGUGUGUUGGACUGAAAAGCAUCCUGGGAGGCGAUUCUUUCGAUGUCCAAAUGCUAAGAUGCGGGUGAAUCGAUGCCCCUUCUUCAUGUGGUAUGACGAGGAAUAUGCUCCUCACCUGAAGCACAUGUUGUAUACUAUGAAGAGAUCAAAUGGAGAGCUACAGAAAGAAGGGGAAAAGCUCAGAGGAGAUGUAUUCGAGCUGAAGCAUUUGAUUGACAGAGCAAGUAUAAUUGAUGCAAUUGAAGUGGAGGACGAGCUUCUUAAAGCUGCUAACAAAAUUGAGGGGAUGGAGCUGGAGCUAACAGACUUGUAUGCUGCAAAUAGGGGACUGCAGAUGGAGAUUAGAGAAUUGAAGAAUGAACUCACAGCUGCUCGGAUUAGAGAAAAUAAUAGGGGAACUGAAGGCUUAUAA